CGCAGUACAGCUUGCACACCACCCCAGAACCCCAUCCAAACCUUCAUACGGACGGUCAACAUGGUCCAGAUAGAGCCAUUCGCAGUGGAGGAGUGGAUGGACGAACACGAAACAUCCUGCACUCACAACCUUGCCGAAACCUGCUGCGCCUCCAUCGAUCUUACGCAACUGCAUUCCCUAAUCGAGGACUCGUCGACCAAGCCCGCCUCCGCCUCUGACCUCUUCCCCGCCUCUGCUAAACUCACCUACGGCAACAUCCGUGGAAAUGAUGCCCUGCGCAAGAAUCUCGCCAACUUGUACUCCUCAAAGGCCGCCUCCCCAUUACCCCAGGACAACAUCUUAAUCACUCCCGGCGCGAUUGCUGCUAAUCACCUGGUUUUUCUAACGCUCGUGGGCCCCGGCGAUCAUGUCAUCGUGCACCACCCGACGUAUCAGCAACUGUAUGAAGUGCCAAAGUCCUUGGGGGCUGAGGUGAGCUUGUGGGAGGCCAAGGCGGAAAAAGACUGGGUGCCUGAUCUAGAAGAGCUCAAGGCUCUAAUCAAGCCGAACACAAAGCUCAUCGUCAUCAACAACCCCAACAACCCCACCGGUGCCAUUCUCCCCCGUCCCCUCCUCCAAUCCCUCGUUGACUACAUCGAGACCAAAUCCAUCCCCAUCCUCUCCGAUGAAGUCUACCGCCCCAUCUUCCACAGCAUUUCACCCAUCUCAUCCUCCUUCCCGCCCUCGCUCCUCUCCCUCGGCUACCCCCUCACCAUCGCAACCGGCUCCCUCUCCAAAGCCUACAGCAUGGCCGGUCUGCGCAUCGGCUGGGUCGCAGCGCGCUCUGCCGACCUCGUCGCCCGCAUCUACGCCAUGCGUCACUACACGACAAUCAGCGUGAGCAUGCUGGACCAGACGGUCGCGGCGGCCGCGCUCGACCCCGGCGCCGUGCACGCGCUGCUGGCGCGCAAUAUCGAGCUUGCACGCGCCAAUGCUGCCAUCCUCGACAAGUUCGUCCUGCGUCACGACGAUGUCGUCGACUGGGUCAAGCCACUUGCGGGUACUACGGCUUUCUUGCGCUUUCACCGCGACGGGAAGCCGGUCGAUGCGGGGUUGUUGUGUCGCCGUAUCAAGGAGGAGACGGGCGUGCUGUUUGUGCCCGGGAAGGAGUGCUUUGGUGAGCGGUUUGGAGGGUAUGUCAGGGUGGGUUUCUGUUGUGAGACGGAGGUGCUGCGGGAGGGGCUGGAUAAGGUGAGGGUGUGGAUGAGGAAAGAGUUCGAUGAUUUGCCGUUAUUGGAGUAGGGUGUGUAAGAGAGGGGUGGUGUGGGUGGCAGGGUGAGUUGUUGAUAGAUAUCUGCGCUCUAUUCCACCAUUUACUCCAGUGUCCCUUGUCGUGCCAUCCAUAUGAAGGUGCUACGUUCGGAGAGACAUUGUUACAAUAAAAGU